AUGCAGCCAUCUGUGCAUGCACCCAUUUUACAACGGAAGCAUUCAACUGCACAUUACUUUACGAACGGCACAGUGUAUAUUCUUGGCGGCAUUGAGUUGGACGCCUUGACAAAUAACCACUCUUUGAUAGCCCUGCGUCUCGACAAAAAGAAUUUUUCCCUUCAUUCCAAUGCACCAGCAGCAGCAGACUCGCCUGAUUUUGACUAUCCAACCAUUGCUGGCCAUACCUCCCAUGUAGUGAAUGAUGCUAUCAUCUCUGUUUUAGGCCUGCCAUUACUGCAAGAUCAAGCAGCAUCUCCUUUGCCCCUCGUCAGCCUACCACCCUCGGCUCAACCACGUCUCAAUAUUACACACUUGCCAAAUCCGAGAUAUCUCCAUACAUCUGUCUUACUUAAUCAGACCCUCCAUGUCAUUGGUGGAAAAGACGCAACAACACACGAACAGGUCAGUGAUGUGAUGUGGAGCUAUUCGUUUGCUUCUCGAUCCUGGACACACCAACAACGAGCUGCUAAACACAACAGUAUGUCGGGCCAUAUUACCAUUGUGUACCACCAAUGGUUGAUUUCUUGUUUUGGGGAGAAUACAAACAGUCAAUUGAUUUCGCAGUGUACUUGGUUAGAUACAGUCAGCUUCGAUAUCACUCAGCAGCAGAUAUCACCACAGAUUGAAGAAUGGCCGACUGCACGUAAAUAUGCAAGUAUGACUUCACUCACCAGCACCACACAUGUCUUAUUUGGUGGUCAAAAUAACACUGCUAUCCUCGACGACAUGUGGUUCCUGGAUAUCAAUGCACCCUUCGAUAUGAAAUGGACCAAAACCAACACACUGACAAACUAUAAACGAUCAGCCCACGCAAGUGCAUUGAUAGAUGAAAAUGUGAUAUUGUAUUACGGAGGACAGGAUAGUCCCUCUUCUUUAGCAGCCGACCCAAUUUACUUUAACAUCACUAAUAAGGAAUGGAUGCUCGCUACAAAUCAAAAUUCAAACCCUCAGACAAACUUGGGUGUUGAUCUCGAUAACAACUCGACUGGACAAAACGAGCGAAACGGGAUCAGCGGCGGCACCAUUGCUGGCAUUCUGAUCGGUAUUGCUUGUAUUCUCGGUUUAGGCAUUGCCUAUUUUGUGUGGAGAAGAAGAAAUCAACGUCGUCGUCAAAAUCUAAAUCAGAGCAGAGCUGCAAGAUUCAGUCAAUCUCCACCAUCACAACAACACUAUCCAGAAAAGACUGCCAACAGAUCAUCCGCUUUUCAUUAUACUUCAUCUUCUAUUGUAGAUGACGAUAACGAGAAGAACACUCAUAAGCUUCAAGGAGCUGGACUAAAAGAAGGAGGAGCCAAUUUCAUCAGUCUCCCUGAACUAGCACUCUACAAUAAUAGUAACCGCAUUAGCACCAUUUCUCUUGGUACUGAAUUUCACUUUUCAGCAGAAGAGUACCGUCGUCAAUCACAUCAUUCUACAGCCUCCUCUGCUGUUGCUGCUGCUUCAGCUUCAUCAUCGUUAGGACUACAGCACACUAUACCCAAAUUAGAAUUCAACGAUCAUAGCACUACCACUAAAAGCGAUACAUCCGACAGCAACAAGUAUGAACUGGAGCCACAACAGCUUCAAAUGGAGCCAUUGACAGAAGGAAAAUCAGUCAGCUAUAAACGAAGAGGAAGCACUGGAUUCAAUCGACUUACACUGAACCUCUUUGGCAGUAGUAGUAACGCAGCAACAGACCCACGGCAUCCCCAAGACACCAAGAAAAAUCGAAGCUCCAGCCUAUUCCAGCUGCGAUCCUCUCGUUUACUACAACCAAACACACCAACAACGCCCAACAUGACAGACAACCGUUAUCCUCACCUGCAAUCUCGAGUCUCUCUCAGUGCAAAAUCGGUUUCCUCGGUGCAAUGGGUCGGAUUCAAUGAUAAUAUGGAUGGAUGGCGUGACAGUACAGGAUCAUCACUGCACUUGGCAGUGACAAAUGCGCAGAGAUCAAGCAUGUACCAUAGCGACAGUAGCGCACAAUCCACGCCAAAGAGCCCCAUGUUUCCUCAAUAUCUAAAAGAUUCAGCCAUACAACAUCAGAUGUUUGGGCAAGAGAGCAGCACACGAUCAUCGCCUGACAUGAGCAAGCAUUCUUCAACAGCAACAUCAGACAUGAAAAAUCAAAUUGUGUAG